ACGCAACUAAUUUGUAACCGUUGAAUAUUCAACUAUUUUCACACUAUCGCAAAUACCAACAAACAAUAUAUACGGUUAUAAUUGAUUGACGUUGUUAAAAAAGAUGAGCAUUAGGCAAAGUUCAAAACAGAUAGAAAACUAGAGUUACACGCUAAGCAAGCUAUUACGGCAGACGCGAAGUAAAAUGUUCUACCACGUGGACUCGAAGCGUUUACUUAUGGUCGUGCUGACAAAUCUACUCCUCGUCACAAAUGAACACGUCGGCCACGCAGCUCUCACCGGGCAAUGCAACGAGUGUUUCGCGAGUGAGGCGGCUUGUCUGGACGAGCAGAACUUUGCCAUUUGUGUAGACGGCACGCCGAUUAAUGUGUCUACGCCCUGUCCUACAGGCAAGGUUUGCACAGCUAACGCGGCUAUAUGUCAGGCCACCGCCCAGGGCGCUGUGCCCGUUUGCUACGAGGAGCAGUGUGGAACAUGCGCAUCUGCGCAGAAGAAUUUCGCCUGUCUCGACGAAGCCAUCUAUGCCAUUUGCUAUAAUGGCGAAACACCAGAUACGAGUUCUAUUGAUUACUGUCCCUUGGGAUAUGUAUGCGAUUUGAAUAACCCGCAAAUUUGUUCGUCUGCGGGAACUGUAAAUCCAUCGUGCUCAAUCGCCGAUACAACAACCGAUGCAACAACAGAUACAACAACUGUUAUGACAACCGACUCAACAACUGCUAUAACUACAGAUACUACAACGGAUACAACAACUGAUACAACAACUAAAUCAACAACUGACUCAACAACAGAUACAACAACUGAUAAAACAACUGACUCUACAACCGACUCAACAACCGAAACAACAACUAUAUCGACAACCGAUACAACAACUGAUAAAACAACUGAAUCAACAACCGAUAAAACAACUGCUACAACAACUGACUCUACAACCGAUAAAACAACGGAAACAACUACCCAUACAACAACUGAUACAACAACCGUUGCAACAACAGAUACUACAACCGAAUCAACAACCAGGACAACAACCAUUGCAACAACAGUUUCAACUCAGCCGCCUGUAGAUGCCAACACAUUUUGUGCUGAAAUGGGCCAAACAGGCAAAUUUAGACAAGAGGGUGACACAACAUGUGCCAGAUAUAUUUACUGCUACCGGCUUUCUGGUCAAUAUUUGGGCUAUCAGUACACUUGCCAAUACUAUUUUAAUGCUGCAACGCAAGCAUGUCAAACGACACGUCCUGAUGAUUGUUAAUAUUUCAUUUGAAUAUAAAAAACUAUAAAAAUAAAAAAGUAUUUCAACUUUUUUUAAAUGUCAUAUGCAAUAAACAAUGAAAUAAUAAUA